AUGCUAUCCUCCCCACAAAAGCCAGACAAGGAAUGGCUCGCCAAGUCUGCCACGGCCGCGAAGAACUUGCCAGGAACCAGAUUUGGGUGGUUCCAAUCUCAUGCACAUUUGGUAUUGCUGCCUGCGAUGUGUGUGAUGCUUGCUUCGAAACAGAGCUUAUGGUUGUUUACUGAAGAUGCUUCAUCAAGAACAGCUACACCAGUCCUGCAGCGAGAGGAUGCCUACUGGUUUCCGGUCUUGGGGUCAGGAGUCCUGUUUGGUUUGUUUGCCAUUCUCAAAUUUCUGGGCAAUGAUUGGCUGAAACAAGCCAUUGCUGCGCUCAUGGUCUCCACUUGUGCCUUCGGACUGGCGUCGAACAUCGAUGCUUUCGCACAGUUGGUCCGAAACAAACGUGGAGCGCCUGUAUAUCUUCGACUUCCUUCGUUGGCAUUGGAGAUCGCACUCCUGGACUUGCUCGGCAUGGUCGUGGCAUCGGUCUUGGCGGUCACUUACGUUUGGACCAAAAACUGGAUCGCAAACAAUUUGCUCGGGUUUUCUUUCUGUCUCCUUGGUAUCAGGUCUGUAAAUCUGUCCAGCUACAGCACUGGGGUGGUGCUGCUCAGCGGUCUUUUCCUCUACGACGUGUUCUGGGUUUUCUUCAGCCAGCCUGUUUUCGGCUCCAACGUCAUGGUCUCUGUAGCCAAGGGGGUCGAGGCUCCAAACAAGUUAAUGCUUCCGCGGGACUUCGGGGGAUGUGGCGACCUGCAGUUCAACAUGCUUGGGUUGGGUGACAUUGCUGUCCCCGGAUUAUUUCUGGCUUUCCUUGCCAAAUGGGAUGCUGUCAAGAUGGCAGAUGUUUCCAGCAAGAGCUUCGUCUACCUAAACUCCGCAGUUGUUGCGUACAUGAUUAGCUUGGCAACAACAGUGAUGGUGAUGAUGGUUUUCCAACAUCCACAGCCAGCUCUGCUUUAUAUUUGUCCCUUCGUGCUGAUCGCUUCCUUGGCCGUUGCGAUAGCACGCGGCGAGCUGCCUGAUUUGGUUGCCUUUUCCCUUCCUGAGGACUCAGAGGCCAAAGGGGACAACGAAGAGCACAAUAGGAAUGAGCCGAAGGUGAGCGAAGACGACAAGUCUGGGGUACAUGAGUAG